AUGUCGAAACAAAAUCCCAUCCUCUGUCUUGUGGACGACACGGCCUUGACCAGAAAUCUUGAUGAGAUCGAGAGCUGGGUCUCACAAGGCCUCAUCAUCCUCGUGGUCCCCCUGUACACGCUUUCCCGCCUUCACGUCCUGAAGAAAGACUCGUCGCCCAUCGGUAUCAGUGCGCGCAAAGCUGUCAAGUUCCUCGACCGCAGCACCUCCUCGCGUGGAGAUCUCCCACACGACCCUGUCAUCCUGCAAGGUCCCGACGACCAGUAUCCGACCUGGGCUGAGGUGGAGGAGCAUUACUUGAAUGAAAGCCUGAAGAACGCCGGCAUAAACGAAGAGGCGGCGCUCCCAGCCAUACAUAGCAUGCCGGAGAAGGGGGUAGAGAUGCCGUUGAAGGGCAGCGCCGGCGCUGGAAACGCGCUUUCGCAGCUGUUGCUCGACAAGCUCAACUUUGCAAAAGACCCUGGCACUACCUCGCCCAGUUCGACCCCACCACUGUCACCAUCUUCCUCUGGGCCACAAAGUUCCAAGACUAGUCCUGAGGUCAAGUCCGCCACGAUGUCGAAUCAAGACCAAAUCCCUGUGCCACCGUCGCUGAAACCCUUGCUUAAUCCGGUGGUCUGGUACGUAAACGAGAAGAAAUCAUUACCAGACGAGAGUCUCAUCUUCUUGACCAACUCGGCCGACACCAUGCAUCUCGCCCGCGACUUUGGCAUCCCUACGAAGAAUAUCCACCAAUUGAGAAGUGCACUCGGCAUGGAUGAAAAUGAGCCCGAGACACUGGAGAGUUCCAAGAAGGACGCACCCAAGACAGUUUUGGCCUCGGAGCCCAAGACUCUUUUCAGCUACAAUGAUGUAGACAGCGACGAAGAGGAGGUCGUUUUCAAGCCGAGAGGUCGCGGGUCCACCCGAGGCGCACAGCCGUCACGGCUCACGGUGGCUGGGGCGGGCAGUGUGCGUGGAAGAGGAGGAGAUACUCGAUCUCCACGAACGUCGUUCAGUACUCCCAGCCAAACCCCAGCCAGUAAACCUCAGAUCCCGGUCGAAGAGAUAGACCCAGAUUCCUUCGACCGUGGCAGCUUCGCGCGAGGCAGCACUCCGCUUGCGAACACAAGCAACCACGUCCCCAACCAGUUCAACAGCGGGCGUGGCGCGUACCGGGGCAACUACUUCCGGGGAGGACGAGGAGCCAACUUCAACCGGGGCUACGGCAGUGGAUUUGAACGGGGAUCGGCCCGCGGAAGAGGUCGGCUGUUCGUGCCUUAG